AUGCAAAAACCACCGUGUGCGUACGGUUUAAAAUGUUAUAGAAAAAAUCCGAAACAUUUUGAAAGUUAUUCACAUCCAAAUAUUAAUAAUAUCACAAAUACUCGCGAUGUGAAAUUAGAUGAAUUUGCUCCUGAUGUUAAAAAGGCAAAAAUUGAAAAUUCUCAUUUGUUUUCUAAAAAAAUUAUAACUAAUUCUAAAAAAUUUAAAAGUUUAAAAGAAAAUACUAGUAAUUAUAAUAAUGUCAAUGAAAUACAUAAAGUUAUCGAGACAUUAAAUCAAAAUUCAGAAUUUCAAAGUGAUUCAAAAUGUGAGGGGACUAAUAAGAACUCUCAUGAAAAUUCAAAAACAAAUACUAAAAACGAUGAUAAAAAGUCAUCUUGGAUAUUUGUUAAAAAACCUAAAAAGAUCGAAGAAUGUGAAAUGAAAAAUGCUAAUUUUGAUUUAAAAGAAAAAUCAGUUGAGGAAAUUAUCAAAACAUUGUUUUUAGUCGACAUGCCAACUUGUUUCUAUUCAUUUUAUGAUUUUUGUAAAUCUAUCGACUGUAGUAAUCCAUUAAAUGUUUUUAAACCUUUUGGGUUGCAGUUGGUUGGUCCAUUUGAUGUUUUAAAUGGCAACACUGAAUUAUUUACAGAAGAAAAUUUUAAUUUGUGUCAUUGGAGAUUUUACUACGACCCUCCCGAAUUUCAAACGAUUUUACUUACAAAAUCUGGACAUCACAUAGGAUAUUGGAGAGAUGAUCCUAAAUGUUUACCAGUUUUUCUUGCUAGUAAUAAUGAGGAUGAUUGUGUGUUUAAAAUAGAAAAUGAAAAUUUAUUCGGAACAGUUUUUUAUUAUUUAGAAAAGCAAUGCCAAAUUUGCAAUCCUUUUGAAAAAGUGAAAAUAUCAAAACUUCAGUCAUCACUUAGCGAUUGGGCUAAAAAACAUGAAUUUUCCAUAGAGAAAAAAAAUAGUAAAAAGGUAUCUGAAAGGCAGAAAAAAAUUGUCGCUCAAACUUUUCAUAAAUUGGGUAUUGUCGUACCAUAUGAUAAAAAAUCUGAAUUGGGAUAUCGUCCAUUGUUAGAAACUUAUGAACUUGGAAUAAAUUUGUUUUGCAUUGGUUCUUCUGAAUUUCAUAAAACAAUACAGUAUCUAUUAACUACAGCUUAUUCGUUACUAAACAGAAGCGAAUUUGGAACAAUAAUCGAAGCUCAUCUUAAAAACCAAAAUCGCAAAAAUAAUCACAUGUUAAAAUUAUUCGAUGAAUAA